UUUUAAAAACAUUGAAGUUAUCAAGUGGGUCAUUUUCUUUCGUCUGAAUCGGAAAAUGUCUUUUUGUUGCGACACCAGAUGUAGCCUCUUACCCGCUUUGUAACCGCUGCGUCCACGCGCUGCACAGUCUACUUCCUGAAAAAAGAGACUGAGAAAAAAAAAACAAAGCUACUACUUCGUUUCAGCUGCCUUUUAUUUCUAUCCAAACCACGGCAAACCUUUAUGUCAUAAAAACUACCAGUACAUAUUACAUGUUGACGAUUAUAAACGAGAAAUGUCAAAUUGGGACGGUCUGUAGCGUGGCGGCAGCAGUGCACGCGCAGGUCCGAUUCAAACAGGUGGAAAGAGUGGGACAGUCCUAGCGCGUGACGGAGCUUCAGAAGGGAGGCUGUUUCAACCGGCUGAGCGUUUUUUGUUUUGUUUUUGUUUGAUACCUCAGUAUUAAAAUAAUUCGAGUCGUUUUCGCUAAACACUCUUGCGUCCGUGUGACAUCAACAGGCUUGUGCCACAUCCCGUGAUAGAACGCGCAGUCUCGCGCCGGUCGUUUGAAAAAGUGGGCCGUUAAAGUCUGUUACGCUGGGCUCUUUUUAUCCGGUUUGUGGGUCUUUUUACAUUUACGGUAUCGACCCUUGGGGUUUUUCCCACUUGCGCUGGUCCUCGAGCCGUUUACGCACAGGUGGGAGAUACCCGCUUGGUAGGACGGCCCCCUCUCUCAGUUCCUCAGCGGAUGAUGUGUGCAAGUGACAUUUGCCGUUGCGGUUUGGGACAGUAGGCGAGGCGUCUCUGCAAACAGGUGUGCGGCUGCCCGAACCAGGCACACAUAAUACGACUUUUUUCGCCUUGUUGAAAAGAGGUGGACCUCCAGCACCGGUGUCAACGCGAUCAUCCUCGUAGCGGGACAGGGAGAGGAGGGGGAGUCUACUAUCAUUUUCAGGCUUUGUAGUUGCAUUUGAUCGUUCCGCGUAGGGCUCACAAAGAGGAAGGAAUGGCAACUAAGAAACCAUGCGCAGAUUUAACGAAAAGGAGCCGAAGUCCCGUCGUGCUGGAAGCGGAGAUGUUCAGCGAAUUUCAGGACUGGUGCCUCCGGACUUACGGAGACUCGGGUAAAACAAAGACCGUCACGCGCCGAAAAUAUAACAAAAUCAUGCAGACCCUGCUGCAGAACGAGGAGUCGGACGGUGUCUAUGUCGACAACAGCCACAUCAACGCCAAAUUCAAAUUCUGGGUGAAGUCCAAAGGCUUUCAGGUCGGCAGCAACAUCUUGGGCGAGCACAACAAGAAAGAGUCAUCGGGGAAGCCCGUCCUGUACGUCCCUGUCAAGUCUACGUGUUCAGAUGGAGGGACGGCCCAGGACAGUUCUUUGAAGCGGGUUGCUGUGGUGGAGGAUUUUUUUGAUAUCAUCUAUGCCAUGCACGUCGAGAUGGGGGCGGAUCCCGGUAGAGCACCCAAACACGCCGGGCAGAAAAAGACCUAUAAGGCGAUUGCUGAAACCUACGCAUUUCUUCCACGUGAGGCGGUGACCCGUUUCUUGAUGAGCUGUGGAGAAUGCCAGAAAAGGAUGCACAUCAACCCCAGCACAGCAGAGUUCAAAGAGAAUGACCGGCCCACAUCUCUGGUGCCAGACCUCAUCGAUUACAACAUGCCUCUCACUGCCACCUAUCUGAAACAGAUGAAACUACAAUGCAUGAACACCAAUGAGCAGGAUGAGAGUUCGGUAAGCAGUGAGGAUUUGGACAUGGCUGAGCCGGCGUGGGUCUCUACUGAGCGCGCUCCAGCCGCAGAUCCCAGCAGUCCCGCCGCCCCGUACACAGAGAGGAUGCCGACACCCCCACAGCCCAACAUUAAAGAAGAAGAAGAUGAUUCCUCUUCGGAGAAUGGCAGCACUGCGAAUGGUCUGCCUGCGUUGACUCCGCCUGGUGGUGCUGCCAUGGCGACCGGAGGAGUUCCUGCAUCGGAGGGGGUGGUCCCUUACGGAGAGGUGAACGGUAAUGGUGCAGCAGCGCCGCUGGACUUCAGCACUUCAUCCUCUUCUUCCUCACAGGAGGGACAGCAGCCCGUCAACCUGAGCGACAGACUGUUGCCCGGCGUGACGCUCGGAUCCUACGCAUCUGACCCGAGCCGAAAAUUCCCAGUCAAAACCGAGUAUGGAAACAAGUCCCCCCAGUACAGCUCAGGAAGCUAUGACUCUGUGAAGACGGAACUGAGCACGUGCGGGGAGGACAUGACCCCGGGUCGCUCUCAGGUUAUAGAUGACGAUGACGACGAUCACGAUGACCACGACGACAGCGACAAGAUAAAUGAUGCCGAGGGUCUGGACCCUGAACGACUUAAAGCUUUUAACAUGUUUGUGCGGUUGUUUGUGGAUGAGAACUUGGACCGGAUGGUUCCAAUUUCAAAGCAGCCUAAAGAGAAAAUCCAGGCCAUCAUAGAGUCCUGCAGCCGCCAGUUCCCAGAGUUCCAAGAACGUUCUCGCAAACGUAUCCGAACCUACCUCAAAUCCUGUCGCCGCAUGAAGAAGGGUGGCUUCGAGUCGCGGCCCACACCUCCUCACCUCACCUCCGCCAUGGCUGAGAACAUCCUCGCAGCAGCUUGUGAGAGUGAAACGCGUAACGCUGCUAAGAGGAUGCGCCUUGACAUCUAUCAGGCCCAUGAUGAGUCGACUACAGCAGACAAGCCGAACUCCAGAGACCCGGCUGCUCUGGCUCACUCAGGCUUUACACUGGCUGCUUCGGCCUACUCCCAGGACCAACUCUAUACCAAUGGUGGACUUAACUACAGUUUUCGUGGAUACGGGACCCUUGGCAACAACCUCCAAAACAACGGCACAUCACAAACCAAUGGUCCUACUGAUCUCAGUAUGAAAUCUUUGGCAUCCAACAGCACUUCCUCCUCCAGUUCAAAUAGUCAUGGUCAAGGUGGAGGUGGUGGAGGAGCGUCUGCUCAGCUCAGCCCACCUGAGGUCACAGCUGUCCGGCAACUGAUUGCUGGAUAUCGCGAGUCUGCUGCCUUCCUGCUCCGCUCCGCCGAUGAGCUGGAGAACCUCAUACUGCAGCAGAACUAAGCACUGCACACAGGCUGGUGCUGUCCGUCUCUCUCUCAUCAACACACACACAGACGUAACGGCAUACUAGGACUGGAAAGAUACAUGUAGCUAUGUGCACUUACAUAAAUAUACACUUAAAGCCCAUAGGCAGAGUUUCAGCUCACUUGAGAAGCAAAAUGGCAGACGAGGUUGUUCAGAGGUAUAUUUAAAGCAUACUUACGGACAGCCAUAAUGAUUUAACAAUUUUAUUUACUGGCCAGCAAUUACUAUUUUCAGCCAGACACAGAAAAAAAAACUAUUUUUGGUGAAAUAGUGGCUAAUUCAUCUGUUUUUGUGUACAAAAAAGCUCAUUUACCUUAACAUUACAAUCAUUAGUGAGAGCUGCGCAUAUAUAUAUAUGAAUUAGGCACUAACAUAAAAUAGUUUCCAAUUGCAAAUGUGCACAUUUCAAUUAUAUACAAUUGUAAUUCAAUUUAAUUAAAAUUUAUUACAUUUUUCACAUAGAAAUACUGUUAAAUACACAAAUUUCAUUUUUUUAUAUGAAAUACUACCUCAAAAAAAUGAGUAAAUAAAUAAAAAUAAUAAGUACAAUUUUGCUGGAUUAAUAGGCAAAAUAGUUGAAUAAUUUUGGAGGGAUAUAGUUCUUUCCAAAAGUUCUGAGAUCUUGCAGUCCAACUAGUUAAAUAAAUGUUUAAAUAAAAACAUAAAUUGUUCUGCUAUUCCAAAUAACGUUACCUGCCAAAAUGGACAUGCAUUUAAGACUUGUCAGGUACUACUUGGCAAGCUAAUUUUGGGCAUACAUAUAAAUAAGAAUAAAUGCUCUCAAGGAAGACUGCAGUGACUUAAUGUUUAACACAGCAAAAAACAUUAUGAUAAAUACAAAGAUUAAGACAAAGAACAAGAACACGGGUGCACUUAUUUUGACAGUAUAAUAUAUGUAAUAAAUGAUCACUAAUUUGAUUUUAUAUAUAGAGUGCUCAGCAUAUAUAAGUACACCCUUCACAAAUCUCUCUUUUAAAUUAUAUAUUUAUUAGGAAUCUAUACAAUAAUAUAUUUGUGCAUAUACAUUAGAUUAGUCAGUUAUGAAGCCAAAUCUGGAGCUUAUCUAACAAAACUACCUAAGAUAAUGGUCCAAAAGCUUGUAUAUAGAUUAUAUAGAAAAAUAUUAAAUACACAUUUUAAAAAGAAGAAAAAUCAAGAGAAGUAAAAAAUCGAAAACAUUUA